UCAUAAACAAUCAUUUCCGCGCCCAUCUUCCAAAAAAAAUAAAAAUUCAUUUCCGCGCCCACCAAAAAUCAAAAAAGCAAUCUCUCUCUCUCUCUCCUCACUCCCUCCGUCAAAGAAAAAAGAUUCCCUACUUUCCUCAAUCCCUGCACCGCACUACACUUCAACGACGCCGUUUCCCACUUCACUGGCAACAAUGGACGACGAAGAAGAGCAAAAGAAGCUUCCAGAUCUAGUAAAAGCACUAGUCCACAAUCUCCUCUCUCAAAAACUUCCCCCAAAUUCCCCACCCUUAAACCCUAACUCCCCCGAAUUUCAAAACUCCCUCCGUUACGCUCACCGCAUUCUCUCCAGCCACCUCACUCCCUCCAUAACACCCGACGCCGCAUCAAUCGCCGAAUCCAUCAAACGCCGUCUCGCCACCCAAGGUAAAUCCUCCGAAGCCCUCUCUUUCGCUGACCUAUACACCAAAUUCGCUUCCAAAGCCACCGAUGUUGAUAACAAGUGGGCCCUACUUCACCUCUUCAAUAUCAUCUCACAAGAUCGUAAAACCGCCGCUAAGUCUCAACUCGACGCUUCCAAUCUUCUUCCCAAUUUAACCCUAUCCGAUAACAACGUUACACGGCGCAUCGAUAAUAGGGGGUGGAACGACGGCGUUUUGCUUCUCGCUAAGGAUCCUGAGAAUCGACGUGAUAUUGCGUUUCGUGAGUUUGUGAAAUUGGUGAAGGAAGAAAAUGAUGUUACUGAGGAGGCUAUGGUAACUGAUGUGCUUUAUGCUUGUCAGGGAGUUGAUGGUAAGUACGUGAAAUUCGAUAGUGAAGAUGAUUGUUAUGUUUUAUUGGACUCAGUUAGGGUUUCUAGGUCUACUAGGAGUAUGGUUCAUAAGCUUUGUGAAUUGGGGGUUUUGUUUAAGAAGGUUAUUGGGUAUAUUAAGCAGAGUAUGGAUCGUUUUCCGGCGGAAGAUGUGGGGACGGUUGGUCAGGCUUUUUGUUCUGCAUUGCAGGAUGAGUUGUGCGAAUAUUAUAAGUUGUUGGCUGUGCUUGAGGCGCAGUCUUCGAAUCCGGUUCCUUUGUUGUGUGAAUCGGCCAGUUCCAGAAACUAUCUUUCGCUUAGGAGAUUGGCGGUCUGGGUUGCGGAGCCAAUAGUGAAGAUGAGGUUGAUGGCUGAUUUGGUUGAGAAGUGUAGGGUUUUACGGGGUGGGGCGAUGGCUGGUGCGAUUCAUUUGCACGCACGGCAUGGGGAUCCGCUGGUUCACGAGUUCAUGAAGAGAUUGCUUCAGCGUGUGUGUUCUCCGCUUUUUGAAAUGGUGAGGAGGUGGGUUUUGGAAGGGGAGUUGGAAGAUAUUUUUGCUGAGUUUUUCAUUGUUGGGCAGCCUGUGAAAGCUGAAUCCCUUUGGAGAGAGGGAUAUAGGCUCCAUGAUGCCAUGCUUCCUUCUUUUAUUUCAGCUUCUCUUGCUCAGCGGAUUUUGAGGACUGGAAAGUCCAUAAAUUUUCUUCGUGUUUGCUGCGAGGACCGUGGUUGGGCUCGUGCCGCAACUGAAGUUGCCACUGAUACAGGGGCCACGGCUAGACGCGGUGGUUUUGGUUAUGGUGAAACUGAUACCCUCGAGUCAUUGGUUGAUGAAGCUUCAAAAAGAAUUGACAAGCAUCUAUUGGAUGUAAUUUACGAUAGGUAUAAAUUCAAAGAGCAUUGUCUUGCGAUUAAGCGGUAUUUGUUGCUUGGCCAAGGUGAUUUUGUGCAAUAUCUAAUGGAUAUUGUUGGGCCUGAACUUUCUGUGCCAGCUAACACGAUAAGCUCUUUCAAACUUGCGGGAUUGCUGGAAACUGCCAUCCGGGCCUCAAAUGCUCAGUAUGAUGACCCUGAUAUUUUGGACAGGCUCAGGGUCAAAAUGAUGCCACAUGAAAGUGGUGAUAGGGGCUGGGAUGUAUUCUCACUUGAAUAUGAUGCAAGAGUUCCACUAGAUACUGUGUUCACAGAGUCUGUGAUGGCGAGGUAUUUAAGAAUUUUUAAUUUUCUAUGGAAGCUUAAAAGAGUGGAACAUGCACUUAUUGGUGCCUGGAAGACCAUGAAACCAAACUGUAUAACUUCUAAUUCCUUUAUUAGAUUGCAAAGUACAGUAAAGAUGCAGUUAGUUUCGGCAUUGAGGCGCUGCCAAGUUCUUUGGGUUGAAAUCAAUCACUUCAUUUCAAACUUGCAAUACUAUAUAAUGUUUGAAGUCUUGGAGAUAUCAUGGUCAAACUUUUUAAGUGAGAUGGAAGUAGCCAAGGAUCUUGACGAUCUACUUGCAGCUCAUGAGAAAUAUAUGAAUUCAAUUGUAGAGAAAUCUCUCCUUGGAGAACUCUCUCAGUCCCUUUACAAGUCACUAAUAGUAAUAUUUGAUCUUAUAUUACGUUUUCGGAGCCAUGCAGAUCUUUUGUACGAAGGUAUUCACGAGUUGCAAGCAAGAAUCACAGAGUCCUCCCUAUCCUCUAGAGACCAGAAGAAAACACGAAAGCAAUUGAAUGAUAAGUCUGCAGAACAAGGAUCCUGGAUAGCUGAUGGAAGGAAAGCCUUAACUCAACGUGCGGGUGAAUUUCUUCGAAAAAUGGAACAAGAUCUGGAUGCAAUUUCGAAGGAGUAUUCAUCAUUGCAAGAGGAAUUCAUUUCUCAGUUGCCUGUACAGCAGCAUGUUGAUCUAAAGUUCCUCUUUUUCCGUCUUGACUUCAAUGAAUUUUAUAGGCGGGUUGUGUCCUAGCAUAUAGGAAGGAAGUUUGUGAAUAUAACUGAGGAUCAGAUUGAGGCAUUGUUUACUCAAGAAGAUAAGGCAUCCACAAAGCUUUGCAAUUAGCUAACUUCCAUUGUGUGUUUUAGUGGAACAAUUUGUGGUGCCAAGUGUCAACUUUCUUCAAACCAACCAUUCAAUGAGUCAUAUUUGAAUAAAGGUAUGGUGGAUUAUGUCGACCACUUCAUUUCACCCCCUAAUGGUUUUUAUGGAGAUUGAGACUUUCUCUUUCUCUCUAGGUAUUCAAUUUUGUGGUUUGGAAGGUAGUUUUUGACGGAUUUGAAGCUAUUCAUAUUCUGAUUGGAUUGGUGAUGUGAGCUAACACUUGUAAGUAUUUGAAUAUAUGAUGAUUUAGUUAGUGUCUUUGACAACUUUUGUUAGCUGUGCUUUCAGAGUUUUGGCAUCUGUGUCAAAGAUUUUGUAUUAUUUGAAUGGAAAUGAGGAUCUAGUUUCUGUAUCCUCUUGUGUUUUUUUUUUGUCUUCCCACUCUGCAAAAAGGGGAACCUGGUGCUAUAGAGCUCCUGCCAUAGCUGGAUUGAAUUGUGUAGGUAUAACAGUGAACUGAAGAUUCUAAGAUGAUCAAGAUAUGGCAUAUACCAGUGCUUGUUCAUUGUUACCAUUGAUCAGUACAGUGGGAAUUCCAUUUAUUUGGUAGAUGACAUGAAUGGCUGCACACGACCACAAAGGCUUUAAGAAAAUUCGAUUGAAAUACCAGACAUGUCAUAUUAUGAAUGUGCUGAUGUUUUUGCACCAUGUUUCAAUGCUGUUGGGAAGUUUCAACGUUUUACUUGUGGUAUUUGAUAUUGGUUGAAUUGUUAACCGAGGUUCAAUCUAGCUUAUGUAAUUUGUAUUUCGGGAUAUAUUUGUUUAUAAUUCGUGUCCUGUUUUAGAUUGACGAGGAUGGCAUGUAGAAUCUGCUUGGCUAGCAAUGAUUGAGCUUUGUUGCAUAUGCACUGUCAAGUAUCUUUGUAUGAGGAUUGACAACUAGCUGUUUUGUCAAUUCGAUAAGUAAUCCCAAUUACUUUAAUAGCAAA